AUGGCAACUACGCUGCAGGGAAUAACGGUUCUGGUGACCGGCGCGGGCGGCGGGUUAGGCAAAGUGAUAGCAACGGCUUACCUAGAUGCCGGCGCCAACGUAGCCGUCUGCGACAUCAACGAGGAGCGGCUGGCUUCAGCUCGGACGGAGCUGGAAGGGACAGGACGCUUCGCCGCGUUUAACACAGACAUCACGAGCGAAGAGGCCGUGACCAAGCUCGUAGCCGACGUCGUGGCUAAGUUCGGGCGCCUCGACAUCCUCGUCAGCAACGCCGGCAUGACGGACAAGUUCGACCCCGUCGGUUCCGUGACAAAGGAGACUUGGGAUAGAAUCAUCAACCUUAACCUCACCGGCUCGUUCCUCGCGUUUAAGGCCGGCGUUAAUGCCAUGGAGAAGCAGUCCCCGCCGGGCGGAACCAUCAUCCAGAUUGGCUCGACGUCGAGCUACCACGGCAUGUCGUCUGGUGUCGCUUAUACAGCCAGCAAACACGGCGUAGCCGCGCUAGUAAAGAGCACAGCAGGAUACUACGCGGCUCAGGGCAUCUACGCCAUCGGGCUGCUCGUCGGCGGCAUGAUCGACACCAACAUCCAGGACAGUUUCGCGGCGCUGGGCGGAUUCAACACCGAGGCUUACGCGCAGAGCGUGUCCGCGACUUUCAAGCCCGAGAUGGCUAUCAAGACCAAGGAUGUAGCCAAGUACUGCGUGUUCCUCGCCGAUCGGGGGAUCGCCGGGUCGUCUAACGGGUCGUUGAUCAACUUUAACAAGAACUUCCCCAAUGCGUAA